UCAUCCAAAUACUUCUUCAAAGCUGCAACGUCUAGAACAAUUCCUGACCUUACAAUAGCAAAAAGCUUCCAACCUGAUUCUACAAACCAAAUAGAACCUACAAAUCAACCAGAUCGAUUAGAUAAAGUUGAUCACUUUGCUCAUUUUGCUGAUGAUACGUCUGUAGCUGACGCCCUGGCGAGGAAGGUGAGGGUGCUGUGUUGGGUGAUGACAGAGCCGGGAGAUCAUCAACUCAAGGCGGUGCAUGUGAAGGAAACGUGGGGCUGGAGGUGUAAUCAAUUACUGUUCAUGAGUUCUGUCGAAGACCCGCUUCUGCCAUCAGUUAAGUUACCAGUUAAAGAAAAUAAACGCCGCCUUUGGAACAAAAUCAAGGAGGCUUACAGAUACAUCUAUCAGCAUCAUUUGUUUGACGCUGAUUGGUUCGUCCAAGCUGAUGAUGCCACCUACGUCGUGGUUGAAAACCUGAGACACAUGUUGGCAGAUUACAAUACUACAGAUCCCAUUUAUUUUGGGUCUAGUGUCCGAAGUCCAGCGAAACACAUAAAUAAGGCGCUUGUGAGCGGCUGUGCUGGCUACGUACUCAGCAGAGAGGCAGUGGUCCGCUUUGUCUUGAAGGUACUGAACGGCCGUAAUAGCUGUCCACUGAACUCGCCCGUUUUGGACGUCAAACAUAUGGAUCAAUGUCUUUAUAACAUUGGAGUGAGACCCGUGGACUCUAGGGACGCUUUCCGCCGAGGCAGACUGUUCCCUCUCGCCCUUCCCGACCACCUCAGCUCAAAAACUGGCACCGACACUGAUUGGUACUGGACUAACAUCUAUAGGAUCAAAACUGGUCGGGACUGUUGUUCGGAAUAUGCUGUGUGUUUCCAUUUCGUUGACCCGGAUCAGAUGUACGUGCUGGAGUACUUCGUGUAUCACCUGAGGCCUUUCGGAAUCAGCUAUAAUUAUAACUAAUAAAUAAU